CAAGUAGGUUUUUUCGAGAUUCAGCGGAAGUGCGAUAAAUGUAGUCACAUCUUAUUUACUGAAAACAUAUCCUUUCAAUGAGAAAUACCAACAUCAGUUAAAGAUGUAUUAGCACUUAACUUCAAUCCAGCUCACACUUGCUCAACAGGCUGACUCUUUUACUCCAUCAUGGCCAAGUCUCAGAUCUUGAUGGUGAUAUCAGCCUUUGUCUGUUCAGUGAAUGUAUUCCUACAAGUUCACUCAAUCGUGCCCAACUUUUACGCGCUCCCUUGCGCAAUCGUCAUAGGAAGUACCACCGUUUGCCUCAUGAUCUCCAUCAUUCUAACCGUGAUGUGGACCCUGAGCCACCAGUCACUCGGCCUGAGAAUAGUACUAUGGUUUACCAUACCUGGUCUGAUUUUGGCCCUGGUUCAAACUGUAACUGUGGGCCUGAUAACUGGGAUGGAGCUCCAUGCGGAAGACCAGUACAUUCAAACUGAGGGGAUUUUCCUUUGCAUUGUGUUCCUAUUGUCCAAUUUUCAAGUGUGCUUCAUGACCUUAGCCCUUACGACGACUUUGGCCAAAAUUGAAUCCAAGCAGUACUCAUUAACAUCUCGUCAACGAUUGGUCAUUAAGUUCACGGCUUGCUUAAUGUUAUUGAUGGCCAUCAGCUCCUUAACUUUGGUGAUUAACGAUUUUCUCUCCGACUCCGAUGAGAGGACACAUUUGGGUAAAAUUAUGAUCCUUCUCAUUUCCAACGGUUUUUAUUUCGGAUUCAGUGGCUUCACAUUGGUGGGAUUGGUCCUUAGUGAGAGUAAAGAAAGCGUCUGGAACGUGACGAGCUCGGGGAUGUUAGGCACUCUCUUUGGAAUACUUCAAACUAUUUUGAGCAUUUGGUUCCUCACAACAUCAAUUGUCAGUAUCCUGAUGCUCAUUUUCAGCCUGAUCGGAACGUUUGCCUCUGGUUUUAUUGGAAUCUACUUGAUCAAAAUCAUAUUGAAGACUUAAUCCAUUUUGUAUGUCGGAUGAGGGGAAGCAAAUCACAUUAAAAUCAUCGUUAAACGUAA